AUGUUUUCCGGUACUCCUAUAUCGAAACGUCAGAAUAUGAACAUUGUACAUGACACAACUUCACAGGUAUCCCAGCCUUCCCGUCCUAUAAGACGGAUAGACCCAGCAGAUCUUAGUCUAGAACCACCAGACCCUAACGCCAUCCAGCUCACUCGUUCCCAAUCUGCAGCCCAAGCUCAUACCGAAACCACAGUUGUUGAAGCUUUACGCUUUGCCACUACUCGAGAAGAAGAACAAUCACAACGAAUUUCUCCUUCUCCAGAACUACUGCUUGAAAUGGAAGAUCCGCCACAAUUAUCUGCUCCUUUAAACGCGUCCGAGGAAGAUUCGGACUCUGAUUUAGAGCCUCCCCCAAUACUUGAGUCUCUCAAAGAAACACAGAAUGUUACAGAUGUUGCCACUCGACCUAACGGUUUAUCUUCCAAUAAUUAUCGAACUUUUGACUUUGAUACAUCUUUUGUUUCACCUCUUAAAAACACAGAAAUUCAAAGGCUUUUUUCUACACCUAUUCGAACAAUACCCACUUUCAGGCUAGAUCUGGGACCCCCUCAGAGAACUCCUGAUGUCUCAUUUGAUUCUACCGAGAUGUCAACAGAUACAGUGACAAAAAAUACAAAUAUAUUAGAUGACGACAAUAGUCUAGAAAAUAACAGUAAAUCUUCAUCUUUAUUCGGUGAUAACCUAUCAUUUAACCAAGAUCUGCCCAAUGGAAAUAGCAUUACAUUAACUCAGAACCGACAAGAUAACGAACACAGUGAUGAGGAAAUUUAUGAUCCUUCUUACAUAGAUGAUGAAUACCAUAAGGACCAGGGUAACUCUAUUUCUCAAGAAAAUAGUUUUGAACCGCCAAUAGAAGAAGAUUAUGAAGAAGAGGAAGAAGAAAAAGAAGAAGAAGAAGAAGAAGAUGAUGAUGAAAAGCUUGUCAAGCAAACAAAUAGUCCAGAUGAUUUCUUUACUGAAAUUCGUUCUAGACGGCGCACAGAAAAUAACCCUCGUCAUGUUUCAUUUGCUAAUGCUAGUCGAUCAAAUAGCUUAGACACGUUACACCUUCGCCAAAACAAUGUCAGUCAGCAACAAGAAACACCUGUUAGAAAAUCCAGAUUACCAGACUUUGAAUUUAAUUCAGAUGAAGAAACUGCUGAAGAAACAGAUGUGGAGGAUAACAAAGAUUCUCUAAGUCAUACCUUUUCACGGAGCAGGAGCCAAAGCUUUUCUAUUUUGGAAACCCAAGAAGCUGAUGACGAAAUAGCAAUUGGAAUAUUUAAAGAUGCAUGGGAAUGGAUAGUUUCCAAAGUUUUGUUGCUAAAACCUCUAAUGGAUGCAGUUUUUUCUUUUUCAAUCAUCAAAUUAAGCAUUUCAUUUCUUCUCUUUACUAUAUUCUUUUCGGUGAUUUUGUUCAUUUUCAAUAAGGCACUUAUUACUCCCACAACCUAUAACCCAUCACCAAACCCACCAAGCAAUAUUAAUGAUUUGGUUGAUCGACUGUUAAGUUUAGAAAGCGAGGUCUCGCGGCUUUCAAGAAGAUCUACUCUUUUAGAAUCUUCUCGAGAAGAAUUUUAUGCUCAGCUGUCCCAAGUCCAACAGAACUUACGAGGUGUAUCUAAAGAAAUGGAUCGUGUCAAUAAGCACCUUACAAAUUCUGAACGUUACAAUACUGAACAGGCUACCAAACUUACAAAUGUAGAAGUUAUUGUUUCUGAAAUUGAAAAGAAGCUUCGAAACACUCAAAAUUUGUUAAAUAAGGAACGCGAUCAAGGAGUUUCACGCGAUGCUGCUUUCCAUGCUUCACAAAGAAAAGUUGCAAAUAUGGAGACUCUCUUUUCAGAUAUGGAUUCACAAAUCGAACUGCUCAAGCAACGGGUUGCAUUUCUUGAGGAAGCAGAAAAGGUGGAACAAGUUGUACUCAGAACAAUUGACAAGGUUUUGCCACCUAAGCUGAUAGUUGUGAAGGAUCCCAAAACUGGCGACAUCACACCCACUCCUGAAUUUUGGAAGUUUUUACAAAAUACCUUUGAAAGUUCUAUUGAAAAGUCGCCAAUUUUAGAAAGAAAAGUUAAGCAGAUUGUUAGAGAUCACCCGGAAUUAGUACCUCUUCGGCCUUCCAAAGACAUUUCCGCUGAAGAGUUUAAUGAAAGCACACAACGUGCCGUUAAAAGUUUUUUGAAAGAUUAUCUUACCGACCAAAACAAAAUAUUGGAAAGCUAUCCAGAUAGCUCUGCGCUGGUAACGCGUGACGUUUUCAGCCAAAUGCUUCAAAGAGAACUGGAAAACAUGCGAGAGUUUACUAUUGAUUCUUUAGCUGCCCUUGAGUCCAAACUACGCUCCAACUCAAAAUCCUCUUUACAGGACCCCACUUCAAGCUUGUUAAAAAAUGGAUCCACUUCAGCUUUGAGCGCACUCAUCAAAACCUCUAUUGACAAAUAUGUCAAACAUACCAUUUCAAAACCUGACUUUGCAGACCCAGUCACUGGUGCAACUAUUAAUACACGUCUAACAACACCAUCAUUUGACUGGAAUGUCGGGUUACCAUUUUUCCAGCGCAAAACUCACGAGUUUUACAAUGUGCUAGGCUUUGGUCGUAUGCGCACACAACCGCCAUCUGUUGCAUUUUCUAGUGAUACCCGCUUAGGUUCCUGUUGGGCUUUUAAUGGCCCUACCGGCCGUGUUGCUCUUAACCUUCGUGCUCCGAUUGUUCCCUCAGACCUUGGAAUUGUUCAUAUUAGCGCAAACAUGAGCUCUAAUCCAGGCUCUGCUCCACGUCGCAUUUCGCUGUGGGCAGCGGUUGAUGAUGCUGGAACCCGCGACCGUUUACGCGCACUAGUACCACAACCAGAUCCAAAGGCUGCUGCUGCUGGAGAGCUUCCGCAAAACUAUGUUCAGAUUGUGACGGCAGAAUAUGAUCUCUUUGGAGAAGACGAACUGCAGGUAUUCCCUAUGGGAACAGGUGUGCGGCAAUUACUAUUUGGUAGUGGAGGCGUGCAGCGUGUAGUGUUUUCAGUGGAAAGUAACUGGGGGAACUCUAAAUUUACGUGUGUGUACCAAUUAAGAUUGUUUGGCGAUUUGGUCAAAAGUGUCAAGCCAAUAGGACCUCCAGUGGUACAAAAAGAACAAAAACAAAAACAAAAACAAGAAGCAUUUGAAGAAGAUAAAGAUGAACCAUUUUUACCAUUAAAUGAAGAUGAAACCGAAGUUCUUGAAGAUGAGUUUUAUAUUAAUGCAAAUGAGCUAAUGCCCACAGAAAAAGGUCGCAUUGUUGUGCGCGGGUCGCUCGGAAGCAACGUAAAUUUUAACCCUGAUGAAUCCUUUUGA